AUGGUGAAGCAGGCGGCGGCGGAGGAGGAACCCCUCCUCGUCGUCGCCGCCGGAGGAGGAGAUGGCCAGCUGGAGCCGGCGCCGCUGGCGGUGCGGGAGGAGGUGAAGAGGCAGCUGCGGCUGGCCGGGCCGCUCGUCGCCGGCGCGCUGCUGCAGAACGUCGUCCAGAUGAUCUCCGUCAUGUACGUGGGGCACCUCGGCGAGCUCCCCCUCGCCGGCGCCUCCAUGGCCAGCUCCUUCGCCUCCGUCACCGGCCUCAGCCUCCUGCUUGGAAUGGCAAGUGCAUUGGACACUCUGUGCGGCCAAGCAUUCGGAGCGCAGCAGUUCCACCUCCUCGGCGUCUACAAGCAGCGCGCCAUGCUGCUGCUCACCGUCGUCAGCGUCCCGCUCGCCGUCGUCUGGUUCUACACCGGCGACAUCCUCCUCGCCCUCGGCCAGGACGCCGACAUCGCCGCGGAGGCCGGCGCCUACGCGCGGUGGAUGAUCCCGGCGCUGUUCGCCUACGGCCUGCUGCAGUGCCACGUCCGGUUCCUGCAGACGCAGAACAUCGUGCUCCCGGUGAUGGCGAGCGCCGGCGCGGCGGCGCUGUGCCACCUGCUCGUCUGCUGGCUGCUGGUGUAUGCCGCCGGGAUGGGCAGCAAGGGGGCGGCGCUCAGCAACGCCGUCUCGUACUGGAUCAACGUGGCCAUCCUGGCCGUCUACGUGAGGGUGUCGAGCUCGUGCAAGAAGACGUGGACGGGGUUCUCGGCGGAGGCCUUCCGCGACGCGCUCAGCUUCUUCAGGCUCGCCAUCCCCUCUGCCCUCAUGGUCUGCUUGGAGAUGUGGUCGUUCGAGCUUAUUGUGCUUCUUUCAGGUCUUCUUCCCAACCCAAAGCUGGAGACGUCCGUGCUAUCAAUCAGCCUCAACACUGCUGCAUUCGUGUGGAUGAUCCCCUUUGGCCUCGGCUCGGCCAUUAGCACUCGUGUCUCCAACGAGCUCGGCGCGGGGCGGCCCCGUGCAGCUCUCCUCGCGGUGCGGGUCGUCGUGUUCAUGGCCGUCUCGGAGGGCCUGGUGGUAGGGCUCGUGCUGGUCUGCGUGCGCUACGUCUGGGGCCAUGCUUACAGCGACGAGGAGGAUGUUGUCAGAUAUGUAGCCAAGAUGAUGCUGGUCAUCGCAGUCUCCAACUUCUUCGACGGGCUACAGUGUGUCCUUUCAGGUGUGGCUAGAGGCUGUGGAUGGCAGAAAAUUGGAGCCUGUGUAAACCUUGGCGCCUACUACAUCGUCGGCAUCCCUUCGGCUUACCUCAUAGCUUUCGUGUUACAUGUCGGCGGAACGGGCCUAUGGCUAGGCAUCAUCUGUGGCCUCUUGGUGCAAGUCCUGCUACUGAUGGCAAUAACGCUAUGCACAAAUUGGGAUAAAGAGGCGGCUAAUGCAAAGGACAGGGUCUUCAGUUCUUCUCUUCCUUCGGAUCUGGCAACAUAUGAAGAUGGAGGUGAUAGUUAAGAGAGUAUGGAGACUACAUGCUAUUAGUAAUCAGGCUGCAAAUAUUAAUCUGGCUUAUCUUUGUUGGUGGAUGGUGAAAUUUAGCAUGCAGAUAUGAUUUUGAACCUUAAAACAGAUUGUGUAUAUCGCUGCUUUUAUGUAUAUGCGGCCCUGUGCAAUUUGUUUAGUUAUCAGUGGCUAGCACCUUCUCUUUUUCUAUAGAGCAUGGAUGGAACGCUAACCAGCUACCUUUUCAUUGAGUAAGAAAGCAUAAGUACGGGGAAGAAAUACAU